AUGGUCAGCUCCUGUUGUGGCUCUGUCUGCUCUGAGGAGGGCUGUGGCCAAGGCUGCUGCCAGCCCAGCUGCUGCCAGACCACCUGCUGUAGGACCACCUGCUGCCGCCCCAGCUGCUGUGUAUCCAGCUGCUGCAGGCCCAGCUGCUGUGUGUCCAGCUGCUGCGGACCCCAGUGCUGCCAGUCUCUGUGCUGCCAGCCCACUUGCUGUCGCCCCAGCUGCUGCAUUUCUAGCUGCUGUAGACCCCAGUGCUGCCGCCCCAGCUGCUGUGUGUCCAGCUGCUGCAGGCCUUCUUGCUGCAUUUCUAGCUGCUGUAGGCCUUCCUGCUGCCGCCCCAGCUGCUGUGUGUCCAGCUGCUGCAGGCCCCAGUGCUGCCAGUCUGUGUGCUGCCAGCCCACCUGCUGCCGCCCCAGCUGCUGUCGCCCCUGCUGUGGUAGUUCCAGCUGUUGUGGAUCUAGCUGCUGCCGCCCCACCUGCUGCAUUUCCAGCUGCUGCCGCCCUAGCUGCUGCAGGCCCAGCUGCUGUGUGUCCAGCUGCUGCAGACCCCAGUGCUGCAUCUCCAGCUGCUGCCGCCCUAACUGUUGCCAGACCACCUGCUGCAGGACCACCUGUUGCCGCCCAGCAUGCUCUAGUGGUUCUUGCUGCUGA